GAGCGGCCCGCCCCCUGCCGGCCUGGGCCGGCGGCGCAGCUGCGGCAGGCGAGCUGCAGCGCUGAGCGGGCAGCAGCGGCGGCGGCGGCGGCAAGAGGCAGGAGCAGCCCGGCAGCAGCAGCGGCGACAGCAGGUGCGGCGGCCGCGGCUCAUGAUGUGCCUGGAGAGCGAGGGCUCCUCGGCGGGCGGCGGCGGCCCCCACGGCUCCAGCGGGCGCCUACGUGCCGUCUCGGCCGCCGGCGGCGACGAGGACGAGGAGGACGACGCGGGCGGCGGCGGCGAAGGAGGCGGAGGCAGCCGCGGCGGCUCCGGGGAAUGCGGCGAGGUGCGGACCCUCGCCAAGAGCGCAGCGCCGCUGGCGCCGGCGCAGCAGCAGCAACCCGGCGGCGGCUCCAAGCCUGCGGCCCCGAGCCUGGGCAGAGCCCGCGUGGCCGCCGCCGCCAUCCUCAGCGUGGGCAACGUCCUCAACUACCUGGAUAGGUACACCGUGGCAGGUGUGUUGCUCGACAUUCAGCAGCAUUUUGGAGUCAAAGACAGCGGCGCCGGCUUGUUACAAACAGUCUUCAUCUGCAGCUUCAUGGUAGCAGCCCCGAUCUUCGGUUACCUUGGCGACCGUUUCAACAGGAAGAUUAUCCUCAGCUGUGGAAUAUUUUUCUGGUCGAUCAUCACUUUCUCCAGCUCCUUCAUCACCAAGCAGUAUUUCUGGCUCUUUGUCCUCUCGCGAGGUUUGGUCGGCAUCGGUGAAGCCAGCUACUCCACGAUCGCCCCCACCAUCAUCGGAGAUCUCUUCACCAAGAACACCCGGACGCUGAUGCUCUCUGUCUUCUACUUUGCGAUCCCUUUGGGCAGUGGCUUAGGGUAUAUCACUGGAUCAAGCGUCAAGCAAGUUGCUGGUGAUUGGCAUUGGGCAUUGAGGGUCUCCCCUCUUCUGGGUAUGAUCACGGGGACGCUCAUCCUAAUAUUUGUCCCUGCUGCUAAGCGAGGCAACGUGGAACAGCUCGGGGCACAGCUGAAGGCCCGGACCUCGUGGCUGAGAGACAUGAAGGCCUUGAUAAGAAACCGCAGUUAUGUCUUCUCGUCUCUGGCCACCUCGGCCGUCUCCUUUGCCACGGGGGCUCUAGGGAUGUGGAUCCCCCUCUACCUUCACCGGGCGCAGGUGGUUCAGAAAACGGCGGAGACCUGCAUUUCCCAGCCUUGCGGGACCAGGGACAGCUUGAUCUUUGGAGCCAUCACAUGCUUCACUGGGUUUCUGGGCGUCAUCACGGGGGCCGGAGCAACGAAAUGGUGCCGCUCAAAAACGCAGCGGGCCGACCCCCUGGUCUGCGCAGUCGGGAUGCUGGGGUCGGCCAUUUUCACCUGCCUGAUCUUCGUGGCGGCAAAGAGCAGCAUUGUGGGAGCUUACGUCUGCAUUUUUAUCGGUGAAACGCUUCUCUUUUCCAAUUGGGCCAUCACUGCAGACAUCCUCAUGUAUGUGGUCAUUCCGACUCGCCGGGCGACGGCCGUGGCGUUACAGAGCUUCACCUCGCACCUUCUGGGAGAUGCUGGAAGUCCUUACCUGAUCGGUUUUAUCUCGGAUGUGAUACGGCAGAGCACUCGGGAGUCUCCGCUUUGGGAGUUCCUGAGCUUAGGCUAUGCGCUGAUGCUGUGCCCCUUCGUCGUCGUCUUGGGGGGGAUGUUCUUCCUUGCCACAGCCCUUUUCUUCCUCGGAGAUCGAUCCAGAGCUGAACAGCAGGUGAAUCAACUUAUGGUUCCUCCCACCUCCGUGAAAGUCUGAGUCGCUGCUAUCUCGGACGAUGAAGGAAACCUUUUGUGAGCGCCAGGGGCUGCUGGACCCCCGAGACCACCUGCAAGAGACCUCCUGCUCCACCACCCUUGCUUCCCUCCCUGUGCUUGGAGUGAGGGGAUAAUCCAACUGGGGAGAAGACCAGGAGACCUGUUGUGACAGCAAGCUGGCGUUGCUUCAACCUCAACUGUGGACUUGUAUGGACAGCGCUAGGGUUCACAGUCAGACUAAGCAAGGUCCCUCACCCCCAUUCCUGUGGGCCUCUUCCAAUGGCGUCUGUGCCCCCCCCCCCGAGAAGGGUUCACCCAAAGGACUGUGAGUACAGCUGCACUGUCGGCGGACGGAGAUGCUCAUUUGGGUCAAUGGGACAAAACGUUCCUCCAGUUUAAAACAUUGCUGUGUUGUUCAGCAAACUCCUCUCUAGCUGGAGAUGACCUCCCAGCAUGAGAAACCAGCCAAACGUCAUGAUACCUUCUUACGAGUUCACCACCUCCUAAGAAUCUUUCUCUUUUCAAAUGGCUGAAGCAGUGGGAUGGAGCAUGUUUGGAAGGGUGUGUUUGAGCUACCUCGGACCCUCCUGCCCCCCACUAGUGGGUUUCUCUUUAGACCAGCAGGAAUUUGUGUUUUUCAAAUUCCCCUUAAGAAAUCCAGGCGUAAUUUCAGUGGUCUUGUGAGGUGUGGUGGGGUGCAAUGGCGGUCCAAGAGCUCUAGCGUAGAAUCUUCAGUGGGAAUGGUCCUCCAGGGCAGAGAGAGAGAGUUGGCUAGAGUGCCCGUUUUCAAUGGCAACCGAUUGCUCAACACGAUGCAAGAGAUUAUUCCCCAGCAGAGGGGAACGGCGUUAAGGUUUAGUUCUGUGUUUUUGCUGGGAAAUGAAGUGUGUUGCUGCUGGAUAAGAACGCGGGAACAGAGGAUCUCUGUCGUAAUGGCGGUUGCGAAAGCUUGGUUCUAGAGGGACGGGUGGCUGUGAGCCAAUGAUUCCGAGGAUUUAAUUUCCGUCAGCAACGCUUGUGCUUUCCGAGUCAUAGAUGCACAGAUGCCCUUUGGACUACACAGAGUCAGUUCUCACCGCAGAUCGCUGCUGGUCCAGAAAGAGAUGCUGGUUCAGCACUGGCAUGCCAAAUCUCUCCCCCGCAACUCGGACAUACUUUCUUCCUGUUACAUAGGAACAUAGGAAACUGCCAUAUACUGAGUCAGACCAUCGGUCUAUCUAGCUCAGUAUUGUCUUCACAGACUGGCAGCGACUUCUCCAAGGUUGCAGGCAGGAAUCUUUGGAGACUCUUCAAAUCUCUGGAGACUGUUCAAAUUCCUGUGGUGUUGGCGCUACAGUCAUUUGGGAAAGAGCUGGACCCAAGAUGGACAAAAUACUGCGGACUGCAAAAACGAGGCAUUCUUCCUUGUGAGUGGCGUGGGAAGUUCUGAGCAAGCUUCAGGGUUGCACAGAACUCUUCAGCAAAGGGACUGGAGAAAGGUAGCGGAUUCUCAGUGCAUAGUAGCAGAUCAGGCAGAAGUAUGCAUCGGAGUUGGAAAAACAUCAGAAUGGUGUUUAAUCUCUGCUACCAAAAACGCCUGAAAAGGGUAUAUAAAGAAAGUUUAAUGCCGUCCAUGGAGGUAAAUGUUUGUCUCCUUUGCCCCACGCCACCGACGAAUGAUUUGGGUCAUUUUGCCCUGUAGCUCUUUUGUAAAGUGACACUUUAACAAAUCACUUUGGCAACACGAAGGGAUGGGAGUAUUCUAUGUAUGUUUUCUUGUUAUACAAGGGUCAGCAAUAGUUUUCUGAUUUUUUUUCAGAAGCAAAAAAAAAAUCUAUAAAAUGGCUAUUUUAUUUUUUAAGAGUUAUACAAAUGGAUUGUGGAUCUCAGAGUAUAAAGAAAAAAAUAGUCACAUUCUAUAUAAAUAUAAAUAUAUAUAUAUGACACAUAUAUACAACGCUAUGUAAAUUAAGGAAUAAAAGAAAAGUAUUUAAAACACA